AUGAUGAAAGCUGCGACGGCAGCGGCCACGUUUAAAAGACAUAGUAAGCUCCAACAGGACGUAUUAACGUUGUACCGUGAUUUCCUGCGAGCAAUCAAAACUAAACCGAUUGAGAACCAGCCGGUGUUUUAUAGGGCUGUGCGCGAUGGAUUCAACCAAAAUACUGUGAUAUCAAAGCGUGAUAUCAACAAGAUAGA